AGGUGAAUUUACACGGUGUGACCGGCCUUGGCUUGAAGCAGGCCCUGGAGUUUGCAUACACGGGCCAGAUUUUGUUGGAGCCGGGCGUGAUCCAGGAUGUGCUAGCUGCUGGCAGUCACCUACAGCUGUUGGAGCUUCUCAAUUUAUGUUCCCACUAUCUCAUCCAGGAGGUUCUGAAGAGCGAUCGCCUGACCUCCCUGAGUGAAGAGCAGAUCUGGCAGCUAGCCGUGAGGUGGUUGGAACACAACUGCCAUUACCAGUACAUGGAUGAGCUCCUGCAGUAUAUCCGCUUUGGCCUGAUGGACGUGGACACUCUGCAUACAGUUGCCCUGUCCCACCCCCUCGUCCAGGCAAGUGAAACUGCAACAGCUCUUGUCAAUGAGGCCCUGGAAUACCACCAGAGCAUCUAUGCGCAGCCCGUUUGGCAAACUCGCAGGACCAAACCGCGGUUCCAGUCAGACACUCUGUAUAUCAUUGGCGGGAAAAAGCGUGAGGUCUGUAAAGUCAAGGAACUUCGGUACUUCAACCCCGUUGACCAGGAGAAUGCUCUCAUAGCUGCCAUUGCCAACUGGAGUGAGCUGGCUCCCAUGCCCGUGGGAAGGAGCCACCACUGUGUGGCAGUCAUGGGGGACUUUCUGUUUGUAGCAGGCGGAGAAGUUGAGCAUGCUAGUGGCCGGACGUGUGCCGUGAGGACUGCCUGCCGCUAUGACCCCCGUAGUAAUUCCUGGGCCGAGAUAGCACCCAUGAAAAACUGCCGGGAGCAUUUUGUGCUGGGUGCCAUGGAUGAAUACCUCUAUGCGGUUGGGGGUAGAAAUGAACUGCGCCAGGUUCUGCCUACAGUUGAGCGAUAUUGCCCCAAGAAGAACAAAUGGACUUUUGUGCAGUCCUUUGACCGAUCCCUUUCAUGUCAUGCUGGAUAUGUGGCUGAUGGUCUUCUUUGGAUAUCAGGUGGAGUAACUAACACAGCACAAUAUCAGAACAGACUAAUGGUAUAUGAACCUAACCAGAAUAAAUGGAUAAGCCGCAGUCCCAUGCUGCAGAGAAGGGUCUACCAUUCCAUGGCUGCUGUUCAAAGAAAGCUUUAUGUUCUUGGAGGCAACGACUUGGACUACAAUAACGACCGGAUCCUUGUGCGCCAUAUAGAUUCUUAUAACAUAGACACUGACCAGUGGACGCGUUGUAAUUUCAGCCUGUUGACUGGCCAAAAUGAAUCUGGAGUUGCUGUCCAUAAUGAGAGAAUAUAUUUAGUUGGUGGAUAUUCGAUUUGGACAAAUGAGCCUCUGGCUUGUAUCCAGGUAGUGGAUGUAAGUAGAGAAGGCAAAGAAGAAGUAUUCUAUGGGCCUACACUCCCUUUUGCUUCCAAUGGAAUAGCUGCAUGCUUUCUUCCAGCUCCCUAUUUCACAUGCCCUAACCUUCAGACUCUUCAAGUGCCUCAUCACAGAAUCGGGACCAUCUGAAAGGCAAUGCUUUGUUAAUAACUAUCAUGAACAGAAGGGAAAGAAAAGCUUCACUUUUGGAUACUGGGCAUGAAAAGACUCAGUGGUCAAUGCUUCCUUGUUUUGUAUGUCUUAUAUUCAGAUAAACAUUAGCAAAAAACGAACAGUUUUCUAAAAUACAUUACUGAAAACUCCUGUCACCUUUCUCUUUGUGUGUCAAUAUACAAUAUAUAGGACUUUUACUGUGGUGUAGCUUAGUACCAACUUAAUGGUCCCUAAUUGUUCCAUGGGUCUUUAGAGUCUUCUUGUAUACUUUUUCUAAAUCAGUGCUGUCUAGGAAAACAGGACAAUGUUAGUAAGGAAUUUAUUUCACAAGUACUGUCGUCAAUGGUCUUUAAAAAAAAUAUUCAGUAGUUAAUUCCAUUACUACUUAAACCUGGGUUUGUAAUUUUUCUUUUAAAAAUUUAACAUGCCACCCCACUCGGUAUAGACUCAGCAUUAUGACAUUAUAAAAUUUUCAAUGCCAUAUUUUAUUCAAGGUAAUACAAAUAAUAGAAGUACACCAGAAGAGCAGUUAGAAUACCCAUAUUUUUUGGCUUGGUUAAUCUGUGACCCUGUGUUAGGUGCUUACCUUUCAGUACUUGUUUUCCCACUAAUUUUUAAGGAGUAUAAUUAUUGGUUUCCAUAUUAAUUCAGAAGAAUUUUGUGAAAAUUAGGCAAAUGCUAAGUACUUUGCUUAAGAAGAAAAAAGUUACUCAAAUUACAAGGUAUUUUACUGUGUUUAAGAACCUUGUAACUGAAAGGGAGGUUAUUUUUGAAAUUAAAUAAUUACUAAAUAGAACUUGAAACACAUACUAUGGGAUAAAUGAUUCUGAAAAGCAUGUGAAAGAUAUGCUAAUUAGGAAAAGGGGAGUUUACCAAAGCCAAAGAUUCCCAAGUCUGUACAAAUUCUUGCUUCAAAUAAUUUAAACCUCUCGUUUAAACUCAUUUAGUGAAAAAUGACAUUUAAGCUCAAGAAAAAUUAGUGGUACUAAUUUUGGCACCAUAAAGUGCUCUGACAUAAAUCUGAACCUAGACUUAGUAAUUCUAAUAAAAGUUUUUUCCACUUUGUUAAAGGUUAUGUCAAUCUUGAGCACUUGUGGGAUUCUUUUCCACCACCAAUACAUAUUUUAUUAUUACAAACUUUUAAUAAUGCAUAAGAAUUCUUAUAUAGGUGAGAUUUUUGGAUUUGCUUUGUCUAUAGCAAAAAAAUAUAUAUAAAAUAAAAAUCACAUUUGAACAUAAAUUCAAGAAGUGUAACAUGAGUUUUUCCCUUUUCUGAAUCUUGUUAGGAUCUAAGUCACCUUUACUAAAAGGGAGACUAUACACUUUUUUUCCUUCAGCAUAGUUUAAUUAUUCAGCAAUCUUUAUUUUAUAGGAAACUGUCAUUUUAUUCAUGGAACCACUUUCAGUAAUCAGAAGUGAAUAAAAACAUAAACCCUUUUUAAUCCUAAAUACAAAAUUCACUAACUUUAUACACUGUUAUACCUAACAAUUUUAAUUUCCAAAUAAUCUGGUUAUUCAGAUUAAAGAACAGGAGGAGAGACGGAGGUAAGGAAAAAAAUAAAAAACCUCCCAGAGAUUUAGCCAAAAAAAUCUUAAUUUUACAGUUCUGAAAAGUGCAAAUUGAUACUGAUCAUUGAUAUCAAAGAAAGAGUCUCUUUAAAGGGUAUAAAUCAUGUAAACUAAACAUUUUAAAUGCCUUACCAAGUCAAGAAAAUGACUCCAGUAUUUGAGAUAGCUUUCAACAAGAACCUAAGCAAGAAGUAUCAGAUUUACUAAAAUUUCUACUUGACAAAUGAAUUUACUUCCAGCUGUUUUUACCUUAUAAAAACCAUUACACUUGUAAUCCCAGAUCCUAUAUCCAAUGAAUGAAAGGGAAAUGGUCUAAAAAUAAGCUUGCCUGACUGAUCAUGAAAAGGCAACCUGAGAUUACUGAUAUUUUCUAUAUAGAUUUCUAAGUAUUCAUUUAAAACAAAUUGGCAUAUUAGCAAACCCCUUCUUGGUGAUAAUGUGUUAUUCACUAAUAUUACAGAACUGAACUCAGAAAAUUUUAGUUUUUGAAAACCUCUUUUAUGCUGUAGCCAGAGAAUAGAAUCCAAAGUGCAACAUUCCUCUCCAAGGAAAAAUAAAAUACAGAACACUUAUGAUUAGAUCAUUUUCCUGAAAUUAAUAAGAGCUAAUAAACAUUCUAGAAAGCUAUGUUUGGUCAUAUAAACCAAAUUCCAUUGAAACUAUUCAAAUAUAUAUUUUCCAUUUAAGUGGGCUAUCCUAUAGUAAUUCAUCUUCCAUUUUUACUCUUUAAAAUUAUAGACCGUAUCUAAUUUGAAUUUCCAUUGGAAGAUCAUGAAACUUCUAACACCUUAGACAGCACUUCAAGAGUUGACUUUAUAAGAGAAGACACAGCACCACAUAGAUAAUAGCAGAAUGUUCCUUAGUGUAGGAGGAAAAGCCAGCAAAACCUUAAUCUCGAAAACAAUGUCUUUGUAAAGUGAAAUGAAAUUCCUUAGAUCCUUCAUAACAAAAUACCUAUUAGGUUAUGAUUAGGACAUUUUUCCUGCUUUUUCGCUUCAUAUUUUCCUCACAGUUUAACCACAUGUAUAUUGUAUCCCUUUCAGCUAUUGUAAUAACUGAAAAACUUUCUAUUGUUUUACCCCAGAGUAUAAAAACAGGAAUAAGAUAGAUAGAAAUAUUCCUCCAGGUAACAUGGUUCACUUUUAUUUUGGUUUUCAAAUAGUCAAUCUGUCAUAAAGGAAGUGGAAUAAUCAUGGAUGCAGUGUAAAUUAUAUACAUUAAAAAAUUAUAUAUUAUAGGCAUAAUUAUAAACAUGAAUAUAUAAUAACGCCCAGAAUUUUUCUGAAAGCACAAUUCACAAAUGCAAUAAGUUGAAUAACUAUUAGCACACCAAAAACUUUAAUAAGCAUAUUAUUCAGUUCUAAUCAUGAGGUACUUACUUUGGUAACCUUAGCAAUAUAGAUUAUCACAGAAUCAAAACACAAAUCUUAUUAAAUAUGUGAAAAAUAUGCUAACUUUGCUAGCUUCCCAAACCAACUGUUUUAAGCAAAGCAUGGUAUUUAUAUUGGCAUACUAUACACUUGACUGACAAGGCAGUAUUUUUAACCCUAGAAGGAGUAGGCAGGAGAUCAGUUUUUGGAAAAUGUAAGGUUUACAUAAAGUCUAUAGGAUUUAGGGAAGACAGGUUUCCUAGAGGCUUUUCCCAAUUGCAGAAGCUUGUCAAGUUUUUAUAUAACAGAUAAUCUUAACAAAGGGGAAGUAAAAAUAAAAACUGUCAAAGGUUCUGUUAAAGUACAUGUAAUUCUUUAAGAAGAAAGUACUUUUAAAAAUUUGUGAUGAAGCAUGGAAGAAGAUAAUGGGUAAAGAACACACAAUCUACAGAUACAUAUUUUUUUAUAUAUAUAGAUGCCCAGCUAGUAAAAGUCAAAUAUGCUUAAGAAAAAAUAUGCUAGGUUUAGAUAAAGAUAUAAAAGUUUUAAAGUAUGAAACUCUUCUAAUGCAAAUGAAUUCAAUACUGGAUGAUUUUUGUACAAAGAUCAUAUUCCAUGUUUUUUACUCCCCCAUGAAAACCUAAUUAAAUGUUCAAUUAAAAUUUAAAUCAUAACCAACCAAAUCUGAAUGUCUAAUAAAGUCCUUCUAUCACCC